GCGUUGGAGUUCGUACUUUGUCCUGGGUGAGCAGAGGGACACAGACAGAGUCAAGACAGAUAUUUGGGUUUUGUCCAAUUUUUGACGUUUUUUUCAAGGAUUAUUUGGAGUGUCACAGCAAUGGAGCACUAUUCAGAUCAGGGCGGUGAGGGGAUAGAACUACUCGAUUUGCUCUUCGAUAAGAAUGAUGGCAUCUUACGCUAUGAGAAUAUGGGACAACAGAACAAUCAGCUUUGGCCAGUUCAAGAUCCUCAUAUGAUGAUACCCGCGCAGGGUAACGAGGACUUCUUCAACGCACUUAUAGGUGGCAGCGAUUCUGUUUCUGGAUCUCCGGUUUGGUCGCCCUCUCAUAGCGACAGUGGGAUCAGCGAAGACCCUCAUUCAGAUCACAUCGACAGUCCUCCACCGAACGCAAGCCCACCAAUGGAGCCUCGCAUUGUCGUUUCCCAGACUCAACACAGUCUCAACACCAACUUCCCGUUUGAUUUCAAUGGCUGGGAGACUGGCUUCUUCCCAGACCAGGCCGGAGGGACGCAACGUGCAUCUGAAACGCCACAGGCACAACCGGCCACUGGAUUCUCCCUAACUGUCAAGGACCUGCUGCUAUCUGGCACACCAGAGCCUGCCGUGAAGGUGUCUCAGCAGUCCUACCAGGAGCUGAUUCUCACAGAGGAUGAGAAACGACUUCUUGCCAAGGAAGGGAUGACUCUGCCAAAUCAGUUCCCGCUCACCAAGUAUGAGGAGAGGAUUCUGAAGAAAAUCCGCCGAAAGAUCCGCAACAAGCAGUCCGCCCAGGAGAGCAGGAAGAAGAAGAAAGAAUACAUCGACGGCCUGGAGAGCAGGAUGGCGGCGUGCAGCGCACACAACCAUGAGCUGCAGAGGAAAGUCUUCCAGCUGGAGAAGUGUAACAUAUCCCUGAUGGAACAACUGCGUCGGCUGCAGGCACUGGUCAUGAACGGAUCCAACAAACCGGUCCAGGCUGGAACCUGUAUUCUGGUACUGCUUCUGUCCUUCACCUUGAUACUGCUGCCCAAUCUGAAGCCCUUCACAGACACCAAGGUCAGCCAACAUGGAGACUUCAGCCCAAUGAGAGUUCAGUCACGGUCACUGCACAACCUCCAGUCUUCCCGCGUCCUGCGCACCCUCGACCAUCCGUACUCCGUGACAGAAAACUCCAAAAUUCUCCCGCGCUUUCCCGAGGAUAAAACUAUGGAGGAGAUUGCGUCGCCUGGAAGACUUCACAGGAAACCUCAAUUCACCGAGUACGACCCCGAGUCUCAUCACAGUUUCGACCAGCAUGACGAGCAUCAUCACGGAGACCCCAUAACCGGACACGUAGCGACGGUGACCUUGAAUCCACGACGCGGCUCCAGGCAUAGUCCUCAUGCUGAUGAUAUGUGAUGGGCAGGAGGGGGAUUUAACCGGGGAUUUGUUCAAAACGCCUUCUGAAGACGAGAGCCAGCUCAAAGAUUGCCGGAAGCUUUUUUUUCUUCUUCUUUCUGCAAACUCUUCAAGAGAUAGGCCUAAAGUAAAUAUUUGCUUUUAUUAUCAGACUUAGGAUGGAAAAAAGUGCAAUUUAUCCGUUGAUUCGUUUUUUAAAGUCGACAUUUUCUUUCUUUUUUUUUUCUCCAAAAAUUAACCACCCAACAAACACAUCUACAUUGUAGCGAUGUCUGUACAAUGUUGCAUUUUUUUUCAAAGGCAACGUCGCCACUUAAGUGCUUAUGUACUCGUAUGACACUUAUGUACAUUGUUAAAACGUAGAAAUGUAGCCUGUAGCAGCGUUGUCGUGUAACAUUCAGCAACGAUGUUCUUACUACAUGUAUUAAUGUUUUUUUUCUGGCAGUUUAUCAAUAUUGGCUAGAAUAUAAGCAGUAAUAACUUUCCAGUAUUGCUUAUAAUAGUUCAUUCAUUUUUCCUUUUUAAUUUAAUAUUUGCAUAUGUAAACAAUUUAAGUGCAAAAAUGCCACACAAAUGAAUAUAAUCAAACUUUUUAAUUAUAUAUGUCACAACAUUUAAUACAUACAGUACACAUUUAUUUAUAAGCAAGCAGUAUAAAGUAAUGUUUAUAUUAUUUGAAAUAAUUAACUAUAUAUAAUUAAACUAAAAGGGUAGGCUAAAUUAAAAUGUCAAUUGAGAAAGUAAACAAACAAGAACGUAACCAAGAAAGCAAAUUAAAAUGCAGACACUGGGCAUCGAAGCUCUGGAUGGAGAAUAGCAGACAGGGGCAGUUGUUGGUUUGGAGAACGCAGUCAGAGUAAGAAACAAAUCCAACAGAGAAUCCAGUUCAGAGAUGGAUCCACAGCAGCCACAAGCCAAACUAGGUAGUGGACAAGAUGGGACAGAUCAGAGCUUGACACAACAGGACUACACAGAUGACCCCCCUGAUGACUUAUUUAGCAAGAGAAAUGAAGCAAUACUCACGUCUCCUCGGUUGUUGUUUAAUGAGACGCCCAACGGUCUGUUGAAAUUUAAACUGAUUCAUUGAUGAUGAGUAAAUGUUAUACAGUGGUCGUCCAUGCCACCUAAGCACAACCUAAAGCAACCAAUAUAUUGUUAACUAUAGUAUCUGGAUGCAGCCUUUAUGAUGCAAGCUGAGAUUGCAUCACUCAGCGAUGCAAUGUCAUGCACUCAAAUGGAGCGAGUGAUGUCACUGAGCGGUAGGGUUAGGGGUGGGGUUAGGUAAGCCCAUUAAAAAGCAUUGGAUGCAGCUCAGAUUGCACUGCACCAUGUCUCCCUCUCCAAGCAACGGCUGUGUAAAUGGCAACAUUAUGACACCAUUGUGACAACCUUUAGUUUUUACAUUAAGCUUCUUCUUCUCAUAUAUGAAGAUAAUGUUUGGCUUAAUGCUUUAAGAAAGUGAUAUAAGCUACAGACCAAAUUUGAUAUAUAAUACAAAUAUACAAAUAUGUG